AUGACAAUCAAUGAUAACAAUAUGAGGCCCAUUCGCCUUCCUCCAUACGACCCCGAGAUUCUCGCUGUUGAAGAUACCCAGCAUCGACCAAUUCCCUCAUCAGUUGAUGAGCUUUUUGAGCUACGUAAAAAGGAGCUCCAACGCGAUGACAAUAUCUACAACGACCCGGAAAUAGAUAUUCAGGAUAUUAACGUGUCGGGUCUGGAUUGCGAGAUCCCCGCCAUUACCUUGACGCGCAAAGGCGCCACCACUUCCAAGCCUCGUCCUGGCAUUUUGUUUCUUCAUGGCGGAGGCCGCGUGAUGGGAAACGUCUAUGUCGGGCUCGCUGCCGUGAGUGAACUCGUCAAAGACUUGAACGCAGUCAUUAUCAGCCCUGGAUACCGACUCUCUCCAGACGUCCACGGCAUGGUAUCAGUAGAAGACUGCUACGCGUCUCUGGUCUGGAUGUCACAAAAUUUAACAACAUACAACAUCGACCCAGCUCGCUUUAUGAUUGCUGGUGUUUCCGCUGGAGCAGGCAUUGCAGCUGGAGUUACGCUUCUCGCGCGUGAUCGGAAUGGCCCCAGUCUUUGUGCGCAAUUGCUUUCCUGUCCUAUGUUAGAUGAUCGAUUCGACAAUCUAUCUAGUCGCCAGUUCGAAAACGGUCGCGGGUUUUAUACUCCAUGGGGCCGUUAUGCUUGGAAAUUGAUCCUCGGCGAUGAUAUCGAACGGGGAACGGUCAGUCAUUAUGUAGCGCCCGGGCGCGCUGAAGACUUGUCCGAUUUACCUCCUGCCUACAUCGAUGCUGGGUCAGGCGAACCAUUUCGGGAUGAAGACAUCGCAUAUGCUGCAAAGCUUUGGGAAUGUGGUGUCCAAGCGGACUUGCAUAUUUGGGGUGGAGGUUGUCAUGGGUUUGAUUUAUUCUACCCCACGGAAGUUGGUGCAGAGGCAGUCAAGACAAGAUACGUCUGGCUGAGGCGGACACUGAGAGAGAGAAAAGAGUCCACAGUCCCUUCCACUGUGUCUUCAUCAACCACACCCUCAUCUGCUAGUCAUUCAGUCACUUAUGCGCAGGUGCCUGGGCCUUUGGGAGACCUGUUCCAGACGUCCGGUUCGUCUCACAUCGCCAGAAUCCCGCUGUCUGGCUCCCUCGUUAUAACAGGAGGUCAACCGGGAUUCGACCGCCAUGGCCAACUUGUUACCGAGUCUCUCGAGAAAGAAUUCGAAGCCUGCCUCGAUUGCGUCGAGACUGCCCUUAAGGCUGGAGGUGUUAAAGCUGGCUUGGCCGGCGCUCAUAAGUUUUCUGCGUAUUUCCUUGAUGUUCGGCAUGAAGCAGUGUUACAAGAAGUCUGGAGGAAGAGAUUGCCGGAACAUCGACCAACUUGGGUUUCUGUUGGUGUGUCUCAACUUGCAGUUCCGGGUAUGCGUAUUGAGAUUUCAGCUGAGGCAGCACUUAUUAAAUGA